UGACCUAUUGUAUUCAUUUUGGUUUUGUAUACAAUACGUAUUCGCAAGUAUUCUUCUUCCCCUCUCUAUCUCCUUCGUUUCUCUCUCUCUCCGUCUCAAGAUCUAAUUUCAUCCAGAUCUGCCACUCAUUUGUGAUCACAACCUACUUCAGACCUGAGACGGACCACAGAGAACCUGAUUUUGCGCCACUCCUGAGCUUUCCAACCGAUUAGUCAAUGGCCGCACCACCGGCGAGGGCAAGGGCGGAUUAUGAUUACCUCAUCAAGCUUCUCCUCAUCGGCGACAGCGGUGUGGGUAAGAGUUGUCUACUUUUGCGAUUCUCUGAUGGUUCCUUCACAACUAGUUUCAUCACCACCAUUGGAAUUGAUUUUAAGAUAAGAACUGUUGAGCUUGAUGGGAAGCGGAUCAAGCUUCAAAUUUGGGAUACAGCCGGACAAGAGCGAUUCCGCACUAUCACCACAGCUUAUUAUCGUGGUGCCAUGGGAAUAUUGCUGGUUUAUGAUGUUACAGAUGAAUCUUCUUUUAACAAUAUUAGGAACUGGAUUAGAAACAUUGAACAACAUGCUUCUGACAAUGUCAACAAGAUAUUGGUAGGAAACAAAGCUGAUAUGGAUGAAAGCAAAAGGGCUGUUCCAACCUCCAAGGGCCAAGCACUUGCUGAUGAGUAUGGAAUCAAAUUCUUCGAAACCAGUGCAAAAACGAAUCUCAAUGUGGAAGAAGUCUUCUUCUCAAUAGCCAGGGAUAUAAAGCAAAGGUUAUCCGAUACUGACACAAAAGCAGAGCCUACUACCAUCAAAAUCAAUCAACCCGAUGGAUCUGCUGGAGGCGGGCAACUUGCACAGAAGUCGGCGUGCUGUGGCUCUUGAAUGAGCAGAAAAGUCAAGUGCAAUGGGCACUUACAAGUGUCACGCCGGGAAGAUAAAAAAGGGUGAAAAAAUGAAAGGCUAUUGUGGUGAAUACUUGUGGAAUUUUCGCCACCAGAAAUGGGUCUCUAGUGUGGUAAUGAUAUAGGUUCUUGUUUAUUUGAGACAUAGGAGUUUGAGUGUUCCUCACUAAGAUUAAUGCACGUACUCUACAUUCAAAUGUCCAUGCAUAUUUUUAUGUGCGAUGUGCAGACUUUUUUUACUGAAAGUACUUGUUCAAAAUUUGGUGUU